AACUGUAUUGUGUGUGGCGGGGGGAAGUUGUUGACCCCUGCAGUUGACUUUUGUACGCAUUGUGAACCAUUUGACAGAGCCAUUCAACUUCAGGAGUUACAUACACCGUUGUUCCCCAGAUCACGGUCAUGGUGAUCAAAUGUGUGAAGCUUCUCAUAGCUGGUGGAUUCGCUGCUGUUUUCAUCUUGUUUACGAUAGCGUCGAUCAGAACGCUGACACUGGACGGGAAUGUUGGCGGACUUCAACUCGCACACUGGGAAACACCGAACCUCAUCUCGCUUGAUAUCGACCAGCGGAAGCGGGAGGAACUCCUCGCCCACUUUCAAGAGGCCGUACGCAUCCCCACGGUGUCAUUUUCACCCACGGAGAGCAACACCACUGCGCUGCUUCAUUUCAACUCGUUUCUCCGGAGAGCCUUCCCGACCCUUUUUACCUCAAGCUUGGUACACCAUGAAGUGGUGGCCAACUACAGCCACCUGUUUUGGGUCCCAGGGUUGCAACCCCAACUGCUGCCGUACCUGCUGUUGGCUCAUAUCGAUGUGGUACCCGCCACUGAGUCCGAUGGCUGGGUGACGCCGCCUUUUUCUGGCCAAGAGAUAGACGGUUUCAUCUACGGCCGAGGGACGAUGGAUGACAAGAGCUCUCUGAUGGGUAUACUUCAGGCCCUGGAAUACUUGCUGAUGAAAGGCUAUGCGCCGCAGAGAGGAUUUUACAUUGGUCUCGGCCAUGAUGAAGAAGUUAGCGGUCACCAGGGAGCCAUGAACAUCGUACGAGUGUUGAAGCAGCGCAAUGUGCGCCUGUCCUUUGUGCUGGACGAGGGGCUUGCCGUGCUCGAUGGAGUCGUCAGCGGUCUCAACGGACCCGCGGCUUUAAUCGGUGUCAGUGAGAAGGGCCUCGCCAUUGUCAAGCUGAGUGUGUCCACUCUGCCCGGCCAUGCGUCGAUGCCUGCCAGGGAGAGCAGCAUUGGCAUCUUAGCUGCAGCAGUCAAAAGACUGGAGGACAACCCCAUGCCCAUGUUAUUUGGUCAUGGACCGGAACGUCAAACAUUUGAGCAGCUAGCUCACAAGUUUGGGCUGCCAUUGAAGUUCAUCCUAUCAAAUUUGUGGCUGUUUUCACCACUUGUUGGCAGGUUUCUUGAACAAAAAUCUGAUUCCAAUGCCUUUGUAAGGACUACUACGGCAGUCACAAUCUUUCAUGCAGGUGUAAAGUCGAAUGUCAUUCCUUCCCAUGCUGAGGCCUAUGUGAAUCUACGAAUCCACUCAGCGCAGUCGUUACAAGAGGUCUUGGACCUCAUCAAGUUUACAGUCGGGGACGAGCGUGUGAAGAUGGAGCUUAUCGAGGGCUUCGAUCCUUUGCCUGUCAGUUCAUCUGAUGAGAACUCGUACGGCUUCCAGAUUAUCAAGAAAACGGUUUUGGACAUGUUUCCGACAGUAACAGUUGCUCCAGGCAUUUGCGUUGGGAACACAGACAGUCGACACUUCAAAGAUCUGACCAACGGCAUUUACCGCUUUGCCCCUUUGUGGUUUAAACCAGGGGAUGCAAAAAGGUUUCAUGGCAUUAAUGAAAGGAUUUCCAAAAAGAACUACGAGGAGCUUGUUCUAUUCUACUCCAGAUUGAUCCAAAACUGUGACAUUGACAAACUUCCUGAGCCUCACACUUCUGUCCAUGAACUCUAACCUAAUGGAACAUCAAUAUCAUACCCUGAGGACAAAACGAUGCAGAUAUGGAUCAAGGUGCUUCAUUUUGAUGAUGUUCACAAGGUGACAAUGUCUUAAAGUCAAUGCGUUAUGACUGAUGCACUGUAGCUUUGUCAGGAAAUGUGAAUGCUGCUUUCUGUGCAAGUGCUGUCAUGUCAUAAUUGAUUCAAAUUCGUGAAUGUUUUAUUUGUGGCUGAAUGGCUGGAAAAUACACAAAUGGACCUUGUUUGUUUGGGAUCAUGUUUUCAAUAUGUCACCACUAAGGGGCUCCCAAAUACAUGUUUGCCAAAAGGCAAAAAAAACAAAACAAAAAAACAAAAA